AUGUCGUGCCCAAGUUCUGCUAACGUCCAUGCUUUUGUUGUGAAAUGCGGGAAAGUCAACUUUUGGAGUUGGAGGAGUCAGUCUCAUUCUGCGUGUGGUCGGAGGCAAAGGAGGCUGCAUAGACGGUGGAGCAGAUUUAGCACUGGGACGGAGCAGUGGGACUGCGGGGCAGACAACACCGAGGAGCGGGACGAAGGAGCAAACACCGAUAGACGGCGGAGGAAAUACAUAGAGCAACGGGACGUAGAAGCAGGACGUGGAGGCGCCAGCCCAAACGCGGAGGAGCCAGUCCAAACACUGGCAAACAGUGCACCAACGCAGAGCUGUGGGUCCAAACACUUUAACUCUGGACCAGGCUGCUUAGAGGCUACUGACCCAGAGGAGGAGCAGACAAGAGGUCUCUCCGUGGGUAUCCUCACUGUGCUGGAGGAUAACUGGACUUCACCUGUUGUAAAUGUGAUGAACCUUGCUGUGGUUGUUGAAGAAACAAUCAUCCUUCAGGACCUCCCAGAUCUGCCAACGGCUUUUGGCUUUGUCUUUGGGUUGAUCUAUGUCUUAAACCUUCAAUACCCAAAAGAUCUCAGGUACACCUUUGAAACGGUUCAGAAAAUCUUUAUGGGACUUGGGACAGAUCUCUCGGCAAGGGUAAGAUCCCUCAAAAACAGGCUUUUUCUAUGAAUCCUAUAUGGUAGCUGUUGGAUGUACCUUACCUUUUUUUUCUUUAAUGACUUGCAGUUUUUCAGUUUUGGGCUUACUUAAAUUUAGAGUUCAAGUCAUUGUUUCCACUGUUGCCACUUUAAUAAAAAGACAGUUUUAUACAAAAAAAAUUAUAUAAAUUUUUAUUUGUAAUGCUAUGCUAGAUAGUUUUAUGUUUUACU